AAACAAACCUUUUCCUUUUUUCUUAACGCUCAAUAUCUCUCUCUCUAUUUCUUCUCUUCAUCUCAGUGAUUGUAUCUGAGAAUUGUUUUGAUCUGUAAUUGAAGUUGUUACUGAGAUCAAAUGGCUGGGAUUUGCUGUGGUGUUGUUGGGGAGAGUGAACCGACGGUUACGGUUGAUUCCUCUACUCGAGCUUCUCUGAGACGGAGGUUAGAUCUACUCCCUUCGAUCAAAAUCGUGGCUCCUCCGCUUGAGAGCUCCCGUAAGCGGCAGAAACGUGAGACACCGUCACCGGCGUCUGGAAAUCAAGAUCUGGAAUCGAAUGUACGUAGUGAUAGGAAGGCGCGAUCAUCACCGGUUAAGAAUUCAAAUUCGAUUCCGAGCUCCGCGACGGAAGCAGAGAGCUCUUUCGUCUCCGAUGCGCCUAAGAUCGGAACGACGUCGGUUUGCGGAAGGAGAAGAGACAUGGAAGACGCCGUCUCGGUUCACCACUCGCUGAUCCACAAAAACUCCGAGAAUCUCCACUUCUACGGCGUGUUCGACGGCCACGGCUGCUCUCACGUCGCGGAGAAGUGCAGGGAGCGGUUGCAUGAGAUUGUCAAACGGGACGUCGAGGCUAUGGCCGCCGGAGGAGAGGACGAGUGGAAGGAGACGAUGGCGAAGAGCUUCCAGAAGAUGGAUCGAGAAGUUAGCCAGCGAGACUCUAAUAACGGUGCAGCGAGUCGGAACAGCGUGAAGAGCUCGUGCAGAUGCGAAUUGCAGUCUCCUCAGUGCGACGCCGUCGGAUCCACCGCCGUCGUGUCCGUAGUCACGCCGGAGAAGAUCGUCGUCUCUAACUGCGGCGACUCUCGUGCCGUGCUUUGCCGUAACGGAGUAGCCAUCCCUCUCUCUUCAGAUCAUAAGCCGGAUCGACCUGAUGAAUUGAUUCGGAUCCAACAAGCGGGCGGGCGGGUUAUCUACUGGGAUGGAGCUCGGGUUCUAGGAGUUCUCGCCAUGUCGAGAGCUAUUGGUGAUAACUAUUUAAAACCGUAUGUGAUUCCGGAUCCGGAGGUAACCGUAACGGAUCGAACAGACGACGACGAGUGCUUGAUCCUUGCGAGUGAUGGACUCUGGGACGUUGUGACGAACGAGACUGCGUGCGGCGUUGCUCGCAUGUGCCUUCAAGGUGCUGCUGCUGCCGAUGGUGGAGACUCCGAUACGGUGCACAACGCGUGUUCGGACGCUUCGUUGCUUCUGACGAAGCUGGCUCUGGCGAGACAGAGCUCCGAUAACGUUAGUGUCGUGGUGGUUGACUUGAGGAAAAGGAGGAGUAAUAAUCAAGUGUCUUGAUUUAGUGAUUUAAUUAGUAGUAGUAUUAGAUUAGAUAAAUUGUUACAUACCUAAUUGUAAUUUUUGUUGAUUUUUAUUAUUUUUCUAUUUUAGUUUUAUCUUGUUUUAAGUUUUUUUUUAAACAGCUCUUAAUUCAAGCUGAGGAAGGAAAGGAGCUGAUUAAAAAGUUGCGUAUUUCUUUUAUUUUCCAUAUUUUUUUUAGGCAUUAUUAUCAUAUACGUGUAUUUCUCUUUUUCUAAUCAAUUAGAGAUGUAAACAAGUAUUACGUUAA